AUGGACCUAGAACCCGAUUCAUCGUUCGUCGGGCUUUCUGCGGUUUCUGGUGACAAACUCGCUGGAGUGGCGAUCGGCGGGCUGCUGGUGGAGGGGAAAACCAUUGGGGCCUCUACUGGUGUUGCAGAACUGGAAGGAAUACUCGCCGAUGCCUCUGGGGUUGCUGCAGUAGCCGGACCUUCCGUAACUGGUGGAUUAGCGAUUGGAGCCGAAGUCGGAGUAGUCACCGGAGUUGCAGCCGGAGUGGAAACCGAUGGCGGUGGAGUCGUUGGAGACAAAACUGGAGGGGACCCACUUGGAGAUGGGGGAACAACAGAAGUUGGGGAUGGCGGGAUUGCAGGGGAGAUUUUAGGAGAUUGUGCGGGAGAUUUUGAAGGGGAAGAGGAAGGAGUGGAAGGAGUAGAAGACGGAGAAGUCACCGGAGAACUUGCGGGAGAAGUUGUCGGAGAUUUAGCCGGAGCACUUACAGGAGAUGUUGUGGGAGAUUCAGCAGGAGCACUGGCAGGAGAAGAGACAGGAGAUUUGGCAGGUGAUGCAGAGGGCUGUGUUGUUUUAGAUGGCGAAGGGGCAGGCGCAUUGUCUGCAUGUACAAUAAAAGAAAAAGUAAAAGCAAGGAAAAUGAGUAGAAAGAGUCUCUGCAACAUAUUGAGUGGGCGUUUAUGGAAUCGGCAACAAUUGAUAAAUGGAAAACGGGGAGUGUUUUGGCUUUUGAUGGAGUAG